AUGCACACCUACAUGAAUAUUUUAACUGAUCAGUUAGUUCCAUUCGCGAGAGAAACUUUCCCACUUCCAGAUCACGAAGAUCCCAACCAACGUGAGCUUCCUGAAAACCAGCAGCAAUUUCUGUUUUUUAUGCAUAAUGGAAUGAGGACUAUUGAAGCUGACACAGAAGAGGAAUUGUGGGACUGGGUAAAUCAGUGCUGGGAUGAAAUGGCUGACCAGAGAAAUUAUUGGGAGAACUUGAUUGACUCAAUGCCUGAAAGAUUGGCCCGACCAUUCGUCGUAUGGGCACCAACAAAUGAAGUUUUUUCUGCAAUUGAUCGUGAAACUUUCAAUUCAAUUUUGAUUGAUUCCAGUCUAUUGAAAGACAUUCUUACUUAUCAUCUGACAUUGUUUGGGCAGCCUUACACUCUUAUUUCUGCCAUAAAAGAUGAGCUAGCCCGACCAACAGUACAGGGUCAGGUAGUUCGCAUCAAUGUGUACCGUAAAAAAGGAUCUUCUUUUGCUUCAAAACGAUCUGUAACCGUCAAUGGAGCACUAGUGGUUAACACUUUUUCAGCAGGUGAAAGUAUUAUCUACGUCAUCGACAGGGUUCUAAACCCCAAGGAUUUGGAUUCUAGAAAUACAAAAAUUAAUUAUUUGAGAAAAAACCCAGAAUUAUCGAUUUUCUUAAAAAUCUACGAUACUCUUGGUUUCUCCGAAGACAGUUUUAAAUCUCCGAUGAAAACUGUGUUUGUUCCAACCAACGCUGCCUUCCAAGCUCUUCCUGCUGGUGAACUUGAAGCGCUGUUCGACAACAAAAAAGCUUUGUUGAUUCUAUUGAAUACGUGUACGGCUUCUGGAACUUUCUAUAGUCACGGACUCGUUUCUGGACCACUUCCUGUCUUUUCUGGUGAUAACAUCGAUAUAAAUAUAACUCCUGGUGGCAUUGCCGUAGAAAAUGCGAAUAUAAUAAAGGCUGACAUAACAACGUUGGAUGCUGUAAUUCACAUUAUUGAUGCCGUUAUUUCACCCAGAGUAGGAGAUUCUACCAUUUCAAGUGACAUUGAAAAUCAUUUCUUUAUCAAACAGCAUACAUUUUAUUAGUUGCCUUUAACAUGCUAAACUUAAUGGGUGACUGAAAAAAUUGGGUGAUUAUUAUUUUUGUUUAAUUUAUUGUUAUAUUGUGAAAAAACUGGUAAAUAUGAAGGUAUGAUU